AUGGACCCCAUGGACGAAGACGACCCGCUGCUGCGGCUCGCGAUGGAGCUGUCCAUGCAGGAACCUGAGGACACUUCCAACGCAGAAACGAGUCUCCGAGGCCAGGGGCAGGCAAAGAGGGCUGGGGAAGGUGCCUCCGAAGCAGAUUCGGAAGGCAAGACCAAGGUGCGACGCUCUAGAUCUGACAGCCCUGGAGCUCCCGCUUCCGCUCAUGAUGGUGACCAGCUGAAUAUGGUCGAGGAGCUGCAGAUGCAGGAGGUGCUGGCAGAGUCCCGGCGCCAGUCGCAACAUCAGUCUCUGCCCAGUGCCAGCUCGAGGGCGCCAUCUGGGCCUCAGCAGUACAAUGCUGCAAGCUCCACAGCCCAGUCUGCUCACGCCUACCCUUCUUCAGCACAGAGCGUGGCUCCUCAGCAGGAAGACGACAUCCUGGAGGCCCUGGCAUUGUCUCUGAGACAGGAUCGCCAAUCUGGCCCAAUUGGGCCACAACAGAGUGAAGGCCCAUCUGGUGAUGCUGGUGGGGCUGGGGUCACAGCCAGCACACUGGCAGCCGCGCUGUCAGUGGCAGGGCAGUGUCAAGGUAACGAACAGACGUCUAUGUUGCGGGAGUCCGAAACCAGCAGGGUGGAACAGGCAGUGGGUUCGUCUAAUCCUGGAAAUGGCUCAAGCAUGGGACGUGCUGUGACUGCUGAUGCCCUUGCUGCAGCUCUGUCUGCUGCCAGCCAGCCUGGCCUUGCACAGAGGGCCCAACAAGAGCAAGAGACUGCCGGACCCAGGUCAUUGCCAGGUGAAUCUCUGUCUCCCUUCUCUGAAAGGCCUGUGCCCAUUGCCUUCUCAGGACGUCCCAAAUGGGUCCAGGCAGCUCUGAGCCACACACCCACUGGCAAACCCCAGAGUGACAAUUUCAAAUUCCCCACUGCACAGACAUCUGUUGUUCUGGAAUUGCUGAGCCAAGUUCUGGGCAUACCAGUCUCAAACCACACGAGUAGCUUGAGACUUGAGGCGGCACCCAAUGACACCGCAUGCCAAUUGGUUACGUUGUCUGCGAUGGAUGCCUUGGUCAGGACGAUGAUUGGCAGAAGGGGUCCAGGAAAGCCAAUGCUGCAUGUUUUGUCUGAGGCAUAUGAGCAGUGUGUUCAAAAGCUUGACAAAGGUGGUGUUGACACCAUGGUGGCACCCUUGUUGGAGAUGGUACAGGACAGGGUGGCCCGCAAGGGCAUGGCCCUUUUGAUGGAUGACGAUGCAGACAUCUACUUUGAGGAUGGUGAACAUAAGGCAGAUCUUCAGUCUGGCUUGGUCAAUCGAACGCUGACAUCCAAUUACCUUAUGGGGAUGCUGGCAUGUGCCAGCGGACGAGAGGAUUUGCAGGUCUUUGAGUCUUUGUUGUUUGCAGCCUUCAGGUCUGUCAAGUGCAAUUUCAAGGUUGCGAACAGCCUGGGUCCACAGAUCUACAUCCUUGAUGUUCUGACACAGCAGCCUCAGCUCCAGCAGUCACUGACACUACUUCUGCUCCAAGAAGUUGAGCAGAUGGAGUCUGGAACAUGGCGUGAAUCUUCAAGCAUUUUCAAGAGUCCGCUAUCUGUGUCCAGCGUUGUGAAUCCAUCAACAUUCCGGAGUAACAUAGAGUCCCCAACCAGGGAAGUGUUCACAUCUGCCAAUGGAUACCCAAACAACCGAGGGAAAGUGGAAAGCGGCAAGAAUUUCAUAAGGACUUGCAUGGACGAUUCUCACAGUGCUGUCAAAGAGAUAUGCAUGCGUCUGGUCAAGGCAAAGAAUUCUAUCGUUCCACAGUGUGGUCGAGAGGCUGUCAUGUCAUGGCUUGCUGCAGUGGCAACACUGGGUGAGUCACGAACAAGAGGAGGGGAGCGUCAGGCAGUACAGUCAGUGAUGGGGACCCAAAGUGACGGCUUCAUGCUGGGAGCGCUGUCUGUAGCUCUCAGAUUCUGCCGUCCUUUCAUGAAGGGUGAAGAAAAGUUCAUGCAAAGGCUGGACCCAAUGUACUACCUGACAAACCCCUUCAGGGUGGGCGGUGCAAACUUUGAGAGGUCCCUGGCUGGGCGAAGACAGGCUGUGGGGAGUAGGGAAAAGACGAAAUUUCUUGCACCCAGAAACCCUACAGAGGCUCCGCAUUUUGUCACCGAAUGCUUCUUUAUAACCCAACGUCUGAUGCACACUGCCCUCAUCCCAGCCCUAAACCGCUAUUCAAAUAUGUGGGAAGAGCUCCACAGGCGUUCAAGGAGGAGUAAACAGCCCGGAGGAUUGACGUUGAAUGAGCACCUUCUGCGAGACUGCACAGAAACACAGCUGCUGGACCCUGUGCUGGCUGCCCAUGCCCUCAAAUUCUCAGUGCUGCAGUUGUUCUGGCUGUUGAGUUUGAUUCGCAAGGGCAACGAUGAUGCAUUUCGUAUAGUUCCUGAGAGUGUGGUACAUGACAUUGGGUCUUGGUUGAUAUUCAUUAUUCGUGGCGGCCAGGCACUCCUCUUUGGAGAUGUGGACAUUAGCCUUUUAAUGGAGAGUCUUGUGGAGCUGAUUGAGAGGAGAGACCUUGUGAGAUCUCCCCUGGUCGCAUCAAAGAUUGUAGAGUUGAUGUCAGUCAUGGUGUCUCCAACAACUUCCCUCCUGAAUGCACAGCAAGUAAACCCUGGAGCGGUGGUUGGGCGGGUGGUCACUCGGCCUGGAGAGGCUACCCUUGUUGCAGCCGUGCUGGGGACAGGCGCUGCCCAGGAGCGGCUUGUGCCUGCGCUCAUGCGCCUUUACUCUGCUGCCGACCAUGUGGUCGGGCUGGACGUCGACAAAGAUGCUUACGACAAGUUCAGCACCCGGCAUGCGAUCGACACGAUCUUAGAGCAGCUGUGGAAGGAUGAGACGUGUAGGAUGAGCAUCACCCGCCUGGCACAGGCAGAGCUGGAUGGGAGCUCAGACAGCCUGUUCUCAGAUUUUGUUGGUUCUGUGCUGAACGACUUGAUGUACCUUUUGAAGGACAGUUUCGACAGGCUUCACGACAUUCACAGCAUUGAGGCAGCCAUGGCCGACAAGGCGGGAUGGAACGCACUGGAUGCAGUGCAGCAGCAGACGAAACAGCGCUUCUGCGAGGGCCAGCAGCACACGUGUCGGGGGUACAUGAGGAUGGCCGUCACAACCCUCCGGUUGCUGAACCUCCUCUCUGCUGAUGCAGUUGUCGGUUUGGCGUUCUUGGAAUAUCCACUGAGCGGGAGGUCGGCCAACGCCAUGUUGCGAUUCAUUGAGCUUCUUGUGGGCCCUCGGUGCUCAGAGCUGCGCGUGGAGAAGCCCGAGCAGUACCAUUUCUUCCCUGACCAGAUGCUGGUCAGUGUCUGCGAGUUCAUGCUGUGCCUUGGCCGACAUGAGAAAUUCAGGACCGUCAUGGCAAGGGAGCACGAUUUCGAUGCCGUUGCCAUCAAAGUUCUGGACACGGCAAGGGAGAAGCUGAUAGCAAGUCAUCACCACCAGCACGCAGAACAGCUUGAAAGUUUUGUAGAAGAGGUCAAUCGCAUCAAAGUGGGUAUGGGCGACGCCCACACGCCAGCGGACUCUGUCAUGAUUGAGGCAACCGUUGAAGCACAUGAUCAUGAGAACAGGUACGCCUUUGAGGAGCGGGAGCAGGAGAAUGUGGAAAGCGUGUAUGUUGAGAAGCUGCAAGCCCUGGCCGUUAGCGACUUUGACACCAACGCCCCUGGCGCUUACAGCAGCGCCUUCACAGAGAUGUCGGAAGAAGCUGGCGGCAUUAAGCCACAGGGGAUGAAGAGGCUCACCAAGGAACUCCGGGAUUUCAUGUCCAAGGCGCAGCUCCCCAUAUACCCUGCCUCGUCCAUCUUCGUUCGGCACGACUCAGAUAGAAUAGACAAGGUCCGUGCCAUGAUCACGGGUCCCGAUGGGACCCCUUACGGCUAUGGCUGCUUCAUCUUCGACGUCUAUUUUCCGUCAGACUACCCGAAUGUCCCCCCAUUGAUGAACCUGGAGACCACUGGUCGCGGUCGGGUUCGGUUCAACCCCAACCUCUACAACGACGGCAAGGUGUGCCUAUCCCUGCUGGGCACGUGGCACGGCGUGGACGCCCACGAAAAGUGGGACGCCCGACGGUCCAACUUGUUCCAAAUACUGGUGUCCAUCCAGGGCAUGAUACUUGUCGAGGACCCAUACUUCAACGAGCCCAUGGUCGACACAAUGCGCAACAUGUCGGAGGGCGUCGCGGCAUCCACCAACUACAACGCGGAAAUCCAGCUGAACACCAUCAGGUGGGCCAUGAUCGACCAGCUGAAGAUGCCCAGGCCGGGAUUCGAGGAAGUGGUGAGGUUGCACUUCGGCCUCAUGAGGCACAGGGUCAUGAGGCAGUGCGUGCAGUGGAUGCGACAGGCGCAGGGCAUGGACGAGGGGCACCGCACGCGCUUGGCUGCCGCGGUCGACGAGCUCUUCUCCCUGCUGCAGCAGCUGUGA